AAUAUUACUAUAAGUAAUAAUUAAUUAAUAAUAAUAUAGCGGUGGUUACCGUAACCAAAAUCCCCCCAAUCCCUAUUCCCCUUCCUCGUUUCCUCCCUCACUCCCCAUCCCCUCCUCCUCCUACCAAUUCUCGCCGUUUUGAUUCGAAUUCGAAGCUCCAUUGGUGCGUUUCGCGAUCGAUCUCGUCGAGCUCCGUGGAUUCUCUUCUAGAAUUUCGCAAUGGCGGUUACAUUGGAACAGGGCUAUCCGCAGAUGGCAAUGGAUCCUCAGAUGGUCAUCACCACAAAUGGGACAAGCUAUCACCCCAAUGUAAAGACAGUGAAGAUUAGUAAUAUCUCCCUGGCAGCUUCUGAGCAGGAUAUAAGGGAGUUCUUUUCCUUCUCUGGGGAUAUCCAAUAUCUUGAGAUGCAAAGCAGCAAGUCAGAUGUGACCAAGCUUGCUUAUGUCACUUUCAAGGACGCGAAGGGAGCAGAAACAGCAGGGCUUCUCUCAGGAGCAACCAUAGCUGAUCGUGCUGUCAUUGUAACAGCAGCAGAGAAUUACCAGUUGCCUCUUGAAGCCUACAUGCAAAUAUCGGGUGCGAAAGCCACACCUGCAGAAUCAGCAGUGAGGAAGGCGGAGGACAUGGUGAGCAGCAUGCUGGCCAAGGGUUAUGUCCUCAGCAAGGAUGCACUCGAGAGUGCCAAGGCCUUCGACGAGCGCCAUCAGUUCCUCUCCACCGCCUCCGCCGCGGUUGCCUCCAUCGACCGCAGGAUUGGCCUGACUGAGAAGCUCGGCACUGGUGCCGCCCUUGUCAGUGGCAAGGUGGCUGAGGUGGACGAGCGCUUCCAAGUGUCUGGGAUUGCGGGAUCUGCACUAGCCACUGCCAAGGAGCGGGCUACUGUUGCGAGCUCCGCAAUCAUGGGGAAUCGCUAUGUGGCAGCAGGGGCUUCGUGGUUCUCUAGUGCGCUUAAUGCGGUCACCAAGGCGGCUGUAGACGUGGGCGCCCUAACGAGGGAGAAGGCAGAGAGAGCAGAGGUGGAGCGGAAGGAGGUGAUGUGGAGGGAGAAGAGGGGGAUGGUGAAUGAGUACGCGCAGCUGCACCUCGAUGAGCCGCCGUCGCCAGGGGCACCUGCCAUUGUUGCAGUGCAGUCGGCGGACGACCAGAAGCUCAGUGUUGUAUGAACUUUAAGGGACCUUCUCCGCUACCCUAUACAUAUAUCGCAUUCUUUUGUUCUUUGUUGCAUGCCAUUCAUCGAUGCUAUAACGCUUUGUACAACGCACUUGAAGAACAACUGGACCGGUAUAAUUCAGUAAUACUACUAGUGUUACAAAUUAGUGAUA